AUGAAAUUUACAACUACAUUUCUGCUCACUUUUAUGAGCAUUAGUACAUCUAUAUUUGCCAAUGCGCAAAAAGGCUUUCUAACCGAUAUACAAGUAUUCGAUACACACUCCGGCUCAAACAACAGCACAGACCCUAGUCAUUGGUUUUUGAUUCAAGGUCAAGUGUUUGUCCCUCAAGAUGCUAAAAAUUCCAUUCCAUUCACAGUUCCUGAUGAGUUUGAUUCUUUUCCUUCUGGUGAUUUUCCAUUGUCUUAUAACUCCAAGAUAAUUGGUUCCAUUAACAAAGCCGACGACUCCAACAAUUUUGACAUUCAAUUGGUUGACAGCAACAUUUUGCAAAAUGUUAGUACCACUUUCAAUUUCUUAUGUAAGCUUUCUUCAAAGGGUUUGUCAGAAAUAAGAAGUCCCGGUUCUGUAUCUUACACUUUUACCAAUGGCGACAAUGUCGAGUUUGUUCGUAACAUCAACUACUUAGCAACAGAUCCAACCAAAAUUAACACAAAUGGUGGCAUUUACCAAACUAACAACACUGCUUGGUUUACUCUUGAUAUUCCAAUCUCUCAGUUUAAAAGACCUAUCAGAAUUCAAUCUACGCCCUCUGUUCCCAACGCUUAUCAAUUCGAUGCUUCAAAGACCACCUUCAAAGUUGUUACCAAACUGAACAAAUUUAACCAACCUUUGGCAACUGUGCCAUUGACUGCUGUACACGACUACUCCACCAACUCUAAAAUCGACGUCCUAUUUAACUCUAGUUUCAGUGGUGGAGAGUAUGUGAGAAUCACUUACUAUUCUUCUCAACUAUAUUCAAAGACUAUUUCCAACAACCUGAAUAUUAGUUAUCCAGCAAAUGACCUAUCUAAGAGAGAUGUUGUUGACCCAUCGGAAAUUAACAUCAAUACAAACUUAUACGCAGCUCCAUUAGACAAUCUUUCUCACAUCAAUGUUUCGACUCCAAAUCCUGAUGUUUCUAAGAACUCAACCAUGACACCAUUGCCAGCAUACACUAAUGGUACAGCAUCCAAUGUUACUAAAUCACUUGAAGUUAUCCCAACAUACAGUCUAGACCAUUCUACUGUUUCAGCUAUUGUUAGUGAGUAUGGUGUAUGGAUUCCAGUUUCAACUCUAAAUGGUACAACGAGCUCAAAGAUGAUGAUACAAUCGAAGAUUGUUAGAAAUGAUACCACCACCUCAACUCCAACUGCUACGCCAACUUCUAGACCGGAUGAAUUUACAAACUCAACAUCAUCAUCAUCAUCUAUAAUGUACCACAACUCAACAAUUACGACUAUUUCAAGCAGUCAAACGGACUAUUCCAGCGCAGCCACAUCCUCCUCUAUCUCUAGCAGUACUUCCAAAUUUACAAACACUACAACCACACAAUCCUUGAAACAAACAGUAACCAAAACUGUGUGCCCUACUUGCGAAAAAGCAGAUAACGAAACACAACUUUCAACAAUUGCAAGUGUUUAUCAAAGCACCAUUUCUGAGCAAUUGAGCGAAUACGAAUUCUUGGAAGCUGCUUCAACUAUUCAAUCCACAAAGCAGACUUCUAGCACAAAAGCAUCUACAUCCUCUAAGGUAAAAUCAACAGAACUGAGUGUUUCUGAGCAAGUAUACUAUAGUACCAAGCCGGCAUCUAAAUCGGUGUAUGGUGAUCUUGAAGCUGUGAGCACAUUAUCCUCAAAAUCUUCAAAUUCUGUUGCCCAUUCUGUUGAAGUAUCAGCUAGCAAAUCUUUGAGUACUAAAUCUGCUGUUGUAACUGAUAUUGGUGUUCUGGAGCCAGUUUCUACUUUGAAAUCCAGCUCCUCACCUAAACCAACGAACAAUAUUGUGUCUGGUAAAGUAGAAACAACCUCCACUGCACCAGCCAUAAUUUCCCUAUACACUUCUGUUCAAGCAUCAACGUUAUCAACAGUACAUCCAGGCAAUACAACGACUUCUCAUGUUGUAAGUAUCUACCAAGGCGGAUCAUCAAGCUUGACUAUUCAGUUCUCAACUAUAAUCAUUGGCUUCAUCGCUCUCCUGCUAUGA